GGGUUGAUUUGAUAAUUUGACAUUUUAGUCACAACUGAGGAUAACAUGACUGCUAUGGGCAAAACGGCUACUCGAGUUUAGCCCGGAAAACAAGCCAUGCCCAUGAUUCUCUCAACUCCUCGUCUGUCUGAACCAUCGUUUCUCUCAUAUGCCAGGGUAGGAAUUGUUUCCACUCAAAGGAAGAAAACUGCAAUUUUCUGCUCGAGUCACAGAUUAAAAGACAAUGGAGCCAGUCUGCAGAGUGGAUGCGUAUUGCAUAGGAAGGAAAACUUGAGCCGUAGGUUUCUUCUUUUUGUUUUAGUCUCAUCAGGCUUGUCUCCAACCUUGCCUUCUUCUGGAAAGACCAAGAGUAAGAACCCGUAUGAUGAAAAACGCUUGCUAGAACAGAAUAAACGGAGACAGAAAGAGAACAACGCUCCCGAAGACUUCCCAAAUUUCAUCAGAGAAGGCUUUGAGGUUAAGGUUGUAACUUCAGAAGAUUACAGAAAGAGUGAUUCAGGGCUUAUAUACCGGGAUUAUGAAGUUGGUAAAGGUGAUUGCCCAAAGGCUGGUCAACAGGUCACCUUUCAUUAUAUUGGUUAUAACGAGUCUGGUCGGCGCAUUGAUAGCACCUAUUUACAAGGUGCUCCUGCCAGAAUCCGCAUGGGAACUAAUGCAGUGGUUCCAGGAUUUGAGGAAGGAAUUCGGGCCAUGAGGCCAGGGGGGAAGAGAAGGAUAAUCAUUCCUCCGGAGCUUGGACCUCCGGUGGGACCUUCAACGUUUUUCAGCUCGAAACAGUUCGAAGUAUUCGAUAUAGAAUUACUCAGCAUACAGAACUGUCAAAGGAGAACCAUAGCUUUUUAUUCAGAUGUUGUGUGCAAUUGAGUGAUUGGGAAAAAUCUUAAGUCCUUAAAACAGGCCUCUUUUGAAAAGUUUAUUAUGUAAUAUAUCAUGAUUUUUUCUUAACAAGAACUAAUCCCCAUGCUUGUUUCUAGUGUUAAGUAAGAAGAUUACCUAAAAGAAUGCAUUUGGGAAUAUCAUUGAAUUGUUUGGAUUACAA